AUGAGGCAAGCCGUCACAGAUAGGUUGAAUGUGUCUCCCGAAUGGUACGCAGAAAAUGAUACUUGCAACCAACAUAGAUUAUUUGCAACCAUGACAUUGUUUUCAGCAAAAAUCCACAGAAAGUGUUCUUUAGACAAACAGGCAGAUAAGCAGGCAGAGCUGAUGAAGAGGCGAGCAAAUGCUGCAGAAAAUAAAGGAAAGAUUGCAGAGCAGAAAGAUUCUAAAAAGCGAACUGUCGCCUUCGAAGAACCCGAAGUUCUAGAAUCACGUAGAACUGAAGACAAGAACUCAAGAAAAGCUCAUGGCCAAUCUGAUCAAGAUACUUCGGACGAUGAUACCGACGAAGAUGAUGAGACUGAUGAUAAGUCCCUUUACACGGAAAUGAUUGAAGAUGAUAAUUCUGAUGAUGAUGAUGAGAAUUGGGAAGUUGAUGAUGAGGAUUCGGCAGAUGAUGAUGAGGAUUUUGAAGAUGAAGAUCAAGAUGAAGACCCAUGA